AUGUUCCGGGUGUCGGUUCGUCAUAACUCGACGUCGCCGUUUUUAAGCGAUCUACUCAAAAGAGUGAAUGCGGUUACCAGUCGUGCCAAUGAAAUCGUCGAAAAGUCAGCCACCCAAGCGCUGUCGCUGAAGGCUAAGAAAUCGAAGGCUCCGGCGAAGACGGCUAAGCCUGGCCCUGGCUCUACUCCUGAACCCGCACGUUUACCCAAGAGUGAUGUUCAAAUAUUGAAUCACCCUAUGCGGAACAGAUUCGGUCAAAACCGUGAAGGUGAAGCUCGUUUUGAACAAAGAGGGCAAGACGGUGCUCGUGCCCGUGGUCCCAGGGGACCGCGAGUUGCUCGUACCAACACAGCGAAGCCUACUGAGGGUGCCGCUCAGAAGCGUAAUAAUGCCAAGAGAUCCACUCGUGGGCAAGGUCGUGGUAUCAAGCUGAGAACUGAUGAAAAACCCACCAUACCAGUAAAGGAACUCCAUGCUGUUCCUUUGACCCCCCUGGUGUCUGGCAACACGUUCCUCUACGGGAAGCCAGUGUCACUCGUGAUUUCCCCCUCUUCGAGAGCUGCUGCCUUGGCUAAGGAAGCUCUUGUCGAAUCUAAAUACCCGUACAAGCUCCCCAAAGAAGUGAUUGCGGACAUUCCUGCCAAGCAUCCUAACCGGUUCAUCUUGCAGCAAUCUUCAUUCUCAGUUCUGGUGAACCCUGAGCAAAUCAAGAGCAGGUAUGCUCACAUGGUUCAAGGUAAGCCUCUUGUUAUUGAUGCCUCAAAAGCCAAGGGUAAGGAUUCCCAAUUUGUCAGCCAACAAAUCCUGCAGAACGGUGAUUUGUCUUUGAGCCAGAGACAGCUGCUCUUCGACGUGGCCACUGGUUUGAAGCUGGCCCAAGAGAUGUUUAAAGGCGCUGCUUGGAACAAAUAA